UCCUUCGCGCACCACCCUUCCAAGAAACCACGGCACAUCGGGGGCGCCUGGAGUGAUCAUGCAGAUAGUACGGGAAACUCAGAGGAACGCCGCGGGCUCAUGUCCGGCAGCGGGUUUGAAGAUGAUGGAGACGCCGUUAUAGAGAUGGACUUGCUCCCACCUCGGUGGAUGGAUGUGCAGGACGAAGUAACCGAUUAUCUGCGAGAUAUUGCCCAGAAGUCUGCAAAACUGGAUAAGCUGCAUCAGAAACAUGUCUUACCUGGGUUCGGGGACGAGGAAGUCCGGAGAGAAGAAGAAGAUAUGAUUGAACGAUUGACUCAAGAUAUCACGAGAGGGUUUCACGACUGCCAGAGAUCGAUACAAAGGAUUGAGAUAAUGGCGCGAGAGGCACGAGAACAGGGCUCUGUCAACAAGGGUGAGGAUACCAUGGCCAGGAAUCUACAGAUUUCUCUUGCAGCACGGGUUCAGGAAGCUAGUGCAGGGUUCAGAAAGAAACAAAGCACAUAUCUAAAAAGUGAGUUAGAGACAUUGAAGAUGCAGUGUCUAUUAACUUUUGUCCAUAGUUCAAGGCUAAUGGUGCUUAUUCUCGUGGAAAUAGAGCUGCGAGGCAUAGAUGGAAUGGUUUCACCUCUCGAACGAUCUAGCUCUCCGGUACAAAACCAAUACACGGAUCCAUCCCUAAUAGAAUCUGACGCGGACAAGUCAUAUUCCCAAUCAACUCUCCAGCAAACAGCACAACAGCAAUUGCAAGUCGGCAGUAAUGAUGCCGCAAUUGCCCAGCGGGAACGUGAAAUCAACGAUAUUGCAAAAGGCAUCAUUGAACUCUCGGACAUCUUCCGCGAGUUGCAGACUAUGAUCAUCGACCAGGGUACGAUGCUCGACCGCAUUGACUUCAAUGUCGAACGGAUGGCCCUCGACGUUAAAGGAGCCGAUAAGGAAUUAAAAGUUGUAUGUUUAUAUCCACUACAUUUCUACGAGAACAUCCGAAAACUAAUAGAUCUCCCUAGGCCACAAAUUACCAGAGACGAACCACGAAACGAAAAAUAA